GAGUUCGUGGUAGUUUUAUAACAUAUAGAGUCCGGCAAACAUGGCUGCGCUAACAAGAUGUCUCCUCAAAACUAAACCUUUAGGAAGCCUCACCGGCGUCCAGUUGACUCGAGCAGCGGGCAAUUGGAAUAAGGAUUGGAAGCCCAGUCCCUUCCCUGUGACCCCAGAGGAACGAGCCGCGGCCGCCAGGAAGUACGGUCUUCGCCCCGAGGAAUACAAACCUUACCCGGACGAUGGCCUGGGGUAUGGUGACUACCCUGACGUGCCCCUCGUGUCAGCGGAGAGCCGUGACCCCUACGGUAACUGGGACUACCCUGAGCAUCGGAGGAACUUUGGCGAGCCGAUCCACGCUGACUUUGAGAUGUACGGCCUCGACCGGGUGAACGCGUCCCAGAAGCUGAGAUUCUCCCCAAGACAACAAGCUCUGACAUUCUUCGCUGUCAUGGCUGGGUUUAUGGGCAUUUACUUUCUCCUGGAGGAUAACAAGAUGCAUUGGCCUCAUCUGCCCAAACAAUACCCUCAAGAAGGUGUCGUCCACUACACAUUUGAGCCAGCUGAGUGAGUGAUGGCAUCUUGGGAGACUUAACAUGUAAAUAACAAUGAGUAUAAAUAUGUGAAUUGUAACAGCUUAAUGGUAACAAUAAAGUAUUCUUAAUUUA